CCAAUGCUCCCUGCCGCGUCUCAGUCAGUGCAGAUUCAGAGGACGCACGGGAAGGUCGCGCGCUGCUCUCUACAUCCCCGCUUGUAAAACGCUUCAGGGGGAGGCGAAGGGCCUCGGUGUUGGUGAAGCAGCCUGGCGCGGAGACCCUCACCGGAGAGCGUGUGGUCGAGACCCUCGAGUACACAGUGAGCUUCCAGGAGUUCACAAGGAGUAGCACCACUGGGGCUUCUACAGUAACACAGAGGGCUUUUACCAGUACACAACGAGCCACUUGUGACUUCCAUAGAUGAACUUGGGCUUCCAUUAGUAUCGGGAGAGCUUCCAACAGUCCAACGGGCUUCCUGUACUGUAUAGAUUGUUUUCCUAUAAGUACUCUGGGGCUUCCUGGAGUGCACUGUAAGCUUCCACAAUUACUCAAGGCAUUGUCUUCCCGGCUUGGUGCCUUCUUUUGAUAAUUACUUCACGCACUCUGGUGGCUUCUAAAAACACCCAUGGCGAUACCUCACGUAGAGCCGAGCUACAGCAAAUUAUUAAGCAUCAUCUAGAGUUACAUGAAACUUCUAGAAGUGCAUAAUGAUCUUCGUAAACAAGAAUUAGCUUGUAAGUACGCCAUAUCUUCCAACUAGCACGCGGAAGGCUUCCACAACCUCACUUAUACUUCAACAAAUGCACGCGGACUUUGCAAAUACAAGGACUUUUACAAGCAGUUGGGGGGACAAGUACAAGGGGCUCUCAAAUGUAUAUAGAAGCUUACGAAAGUACACAGUAUAUUACGCUACAAAUUGGUAAGGACUUUCAUAACAAAACUGUCGGAACUCUGGUACAAACACUAGGGGGGAGAGGCUUCCAAGCAAUUGCACGAAAACCAGCCUUGGAAAUGCACAGAAAACUAUUUCAAACACACAAGGGUUUCCACAACUAAUUAGCUAGGGUUUCCACAAUGCUAUAACUAACACAGGAUCUUCCACAGCUAAGACACACACACACAUAUAGGAUUUCACAACAAGCACUCAGGGGUUUAAACUUCCAAAACACACAGCUGUCCACAACUAACUCUAGGGUUGCCAAGAACACAAAAAGAGUAGAGAUUAAGUCAAUGAGAAGGGUGCCAUCCAAGAGGAAGGUGCUUGGUGGAAUCCUGUACAAGAGAUUACUUUCCAUCUACGCCAUUGCUUCCAGCACUGUGGCUCGUUGUGUCUCGGUAAAUUCAAGCUCUUCUCUGCCCUAAAGCCUCGCACAAAACCGAAAUGACAACCGCUUAAGGGCAGUAGAGCGAGGUUUCUUACCUCGACAACGAGGCAAGAAACAUUGAACCCGGAGUGACGUAUUUCGAAAGGACCGUAACCCAGCAACAAACUGUGAAAAGGUUCUCACUUCGAAGGUCACAACCUCCUCUUACAAAGCUACUGAUACAGGAACAGAAGGCAGACCGAGACCAAACACCAAAUAACCAAAAGUUUCCCUUACAAGACCUGGAAGGUGUUCCCUGUUCGACAGGCUCUGAUAAAGAUGAUCCCGGUCGCAGAAUACAUCACGGUAAAAGGAUUAUAGACGGGGGGCCAGAAGACGGUGGACUGUAAUCAAUUGGCAUCAGAGACGCCCUGAAACCGAGGCAUUAACUUGUAGAUAGAUAAAAGAGAAGUCCAGUUUUGUUCAGAAAGACUUUUACUGUUUUAGGCACAUCACGUCCGAGCUUCACUCUCAUAAAACACAAACCGUCUGAUCCUAGAAAUACACCUUCCGACAACCCUCAUGCCGUUUUCAUUCAUGAACACUUAGGUUGCCUUUCAGCCCUACACUUUGAAACAUCAUUUCUGUUCUGCAACUUUGCAUUAGUGAAAGCUUGCCUUGAGGGGCGUGUCCCACUCAUUCACUGAUCUAACCUCAUAUUGAUCUGCAUCUCUACUCUUAGCCAGCGUCCCUUCGUCUCAUUCUCUUCUCACUGCCUUCCUCAUUAUCUUGCCGAGUUCACCGCGGUAUACAUUGUCCCGUUAUAUACCUCCACACACCGCCUUCACCACAGCUCCUCCCCUGAGCUCUUUGCCACACAACUCUCAUUACCAAGAUGGACUUUGACGAGAUCCUGCCGGACCUGGGGGAGUACGGCACGUACCAGAAGCUGAUCCUGUGGUUCCUGCUGCUGCCGGGGACGAUGCCGUGCGGCUUCCACGCCUACAACCAGCUCUUCAUGGCCUCGACGCCAGACCACUGGUGCAGGACACCAGACCUCCACCUCGCCAACCUCUCUCUCAGCGUCAUCAAGCGCCUCAGCAUCCCGUACGACAACGUCUCCCAGCAGUACAGCCGCUGCCAGAGGUACGACUACAACUACUCUGAGCUCCUGGGUGAGCCACCGGGGGAGGGGCCGGGCGGCCCUCCCGCGGGUGUCCACACCAUCCCGUGUGACGCGGGAUGGUACUAUGACCUCGAGAAGCACUCCACCUCGGUCGUGUCUGACUGGGACCUGGUGUGUGAGCGAGAGUUCCUGCCCACACUGGGACUGGUGCUGCUCGGCGCCAGUGGCCUCCUCGGCAACUUCAUCUUCGGCUACAUCCAGGAUGGGUGUGGGCGCCGGCCGGCCUUCUUCAUCUACCUGGUGAUCGAGUGUGUGUUUGGGAUCGCCACAGCCUUCACGCCCUCCUUCACCUGGUGGCUGGUGUGUCGUGUGGGCGUGGGCUUCACUGUGCCCGCCAUCAUGUCCACGCCCAUGGUCCUUGCUAUCGAGCUGGUGGGGCCGUCGCAGAGGACGUACACGACGGUGGUGAUGAACGUGGCGUACUCCUGCACCCUCAUCAUGCUGGCGGGCGUGGCCUACCUGGUCAGGGACUGGUCGCAGCUCGCCCUCGCCACCACUAUACCUUUCCUCGCCUUCUUCUGCUUCUGGUGGGUAUUGCCUGAAUCACCAAGAUGGCUGCUGGCCAACGGCCGACUCUCCGAGGCUGAGAAGAUUAUGAAGAAAAUGGCCAGGGUAAACGGCAAGGUUCUCUCGCCCGACUACAUGGCCAACCUUAGGAGAAAGUACGAGGUGGAGAAGUAUUUGAGUGGGCAGGAACAGGGAUCGAUGACCCAACGAACCUAUGGUGUCCUUGACCUCUUCAAGACGCCCAACCUCUGUCGCAAGACUCUUAUUGUGACCUUUAUUUGGUUCACCAACACGUCGGUGUACGUCGGACUGUCGUACUACGCCCCAGCUCUUGGAGGGAACGCCUACCUCAACUUCUUCCUGGCUGGCUGUGCAGAGCUGCCCACGUACCUCUUCUUGUGGCCGUCCAUGGAGUACUGGGGCCGCCGCUGGACCCUCUGCUUCUCCAUGGUGGUCGGAGGCAGCGCCUGUGUGGCCACAGUUGUCACACAGAAUGACCCAACAGUGACGCUGGCCCUGUACUGCGUGGGCAAGUUCGGCAUCUCCUCGUCCUUCGUGGUGCUGCCGCUGAUGGCCUCGGAGCUGUACCCAACGGUGGUGCGGGGCAUGGGCCUCUCUGUGUCGGCGGUGGCGGGCAUGAUCGGCCCUAUCGUCAUCCCUCUCAUUAACUACCUGGGAUCGGAGAUGAUGGUGCUGCCUCUGAUCAUCAUGGGCGUCCUCUUGAACUUGGGUGGCGUGUUCUCCCUGUUGCUGCCGGAGACGCUCCACCAGCACCUGCCGCAGACGCUGGAGGAGGGGGAGGAGUUCGGCAAACACUGGACUCUAUCAGACUACUGCACCUGCUGCCCCAAGACAGCAAGUAGCAUGAACGGCGUGGCUCCGAUGAUGCCGGUCAACAAUAGCAGCCACGGAGAGGUGGAGCCAGGAGCACCCGCCGCUGGAACAACCUAUCCAGGGAGUAGCCGGCUCUCCCCUCCACCCCAGGAACACCCUGCUGCAGGAGGUGUAGGAAGAGGCGGUGCGGUGUGUGGGGGAAGGUCACCAUCAAGAGCAUUACUAGAGGACCUGGAGGAGUCUGAUGGUGGUGGUGAGAGUGGAGUGCUCCGGAGCCCCUCACCUGCUUAUCCCAGGGAAGAUGACGGUGAGCCUGAGGAGGAGCAGAAACUGAUGUCCUCCAGCAGGAAGGUUACUGUUGUAUAAACCCGCGGAAGAUUGCACGCAGAGCUUGUUGGUCCAGCCCGUUCUCGUGGGCGUUCCCAACGUCAAGAAACUGUCGAACUGAAGUGGCCCUAUCCUAACCUAUCAAAGGACCCACCAACAGAAAUCGGGAGUGUCAAUUUUGUAACCAUUUUCUUGUACGCCAGUUUUUGUUCCUAGGUAAAGUAUACGUCGAGAUGCGACGUGCAAUUAGGAGGACGGGUUGCAACUGGUUAGAGAAUUAGUGGUGAUUAUCAUAAUGCUAUAUAAAUGACAUCUUGUAAAAUGAUUUUGUUAUAUAAAUAGGAGCCGCUUCGUACGGGCCAAUAGGCCUUGUGCAGUUUCCUAAGUUCUAAUGUUCUUAUAUUAGUGUUCUCAUUUAUUGAUAAAACCAGCAUAUAUUUGAUGGUUUUAGGAAAUAUUUGGACAUUUAAUUUAAUGUAUAAUUGCCAUAAUUCCCAGUCGAAGUGUCGGGGAAUGCUGGCCGGGAGUGGCACCUAAAUAUAGACACAUAAUUAAAUAUCGGCAUUAAAAGUUCUGUUAGUGGAAAAUUUCCAGAAUAUAUAAAGUAAUGUAUAUCAGUUGUAUCAAUAAUAUAAUGUCCAGACAGUAAGUCACAACAGUGGUUCCAAGUGAGUCGCCCAACUCUCACAUCUGAUUGUAUAGAAAUUGACGUUUUGGUGAGUGUGUGUCCUGGACUAUCAUAUCAUCACACAAUAAUAGUCCAGCCAGAUUCACGAAACAGUUACGCAAGUACUUACGAACGUGUACAUCUUUCCUCGAUCUUUGACGGCUUUGGUUACAUUUAUUAAACAGUUUACAAGCAUGAAAACUUCCCAAUAAAUUGUUGUUA